UACGUCCCGACUCAAGGUCCUGGUAUAAAUACCAAGUGCAGCGUCGCUAGCUGUUAGCUUUCCGGAAUACAAUGACAUUUGACGAAGUAAAACAGAAACUGUACUUCGCUUCUCAGGCAUGUGUCGUCAUACGUUACAUUUAGUAGUGUAGGAAAGAUUAUAGCUGCUUCUGACUCACUUUAAAGUCUCUUUACCUCGAAACGUACUUCGUGUUGUGAGUUAUUGGAAUAUAAAUAAAUGUAGCUACGCAGCAGCUAAAGGUUUAUAACCCCCACGCAGACUUAUUUUCGGUCUGAAGUCGAUAGCUAUAAAUGUGGCUUGAUUAUUCGUUAAAAAAUAAGCAUUAGCUUAAGCAUGAAGAGCAAAGCUAAAGCUAUGGGUGGAUCUCAAAGUGCUUCUCUGGCCUCAAAUCAGGAUGCCUGUCUGUGGGUUCAAGCUGCAGGAUCUUCAGAUUCAUUUUCACUAGAGAGGGGGUCUGAGCUUCCUCUGGAUAUCCUGGAAGAGAUUUUCCUGAAUCUGCCUCCUCAACAGGUGGUCAGGGCUUGUCGGUUAGUGUGCCAUCAAUGGAAAGUAGUGGUUGAUAGUGAGUCCCUGUGGAAAGAGAGAUGUAGAAGAGAAGGAUAUCACCCCCGUGAUACUUCCAAAAAACCCUCAGACUGGAGGUUGUUUUACUUCUUGUGCAAGCGGAGAAGAAACCUUCUCAAGAAUCCUAGAGGAGAAGAUGAGAUAAGGAACUGGGCGAUACUUGCAAAUGGUGGCAACCAUUGGAAAGUAGAAGGAUUAAUGGUGCCACACCAAGAUGAGACUGUCCAGAAAAACUUUGUUACUUCUUUCGAGAUGUGCAUGAAGUCCCAGUUGAUUAACUUGGAGAAGGAAGGUUACAACGCAUCGUUUAUGGAUCACUUCCAGCCCGACAUCAAAAUAUCUGAUUGGUACGCACCACGAUGGGAUUGUGGCAGUCAAUAUAAGAUCUGUGUAGAGCUGCUGAAUCACAGAAAGAGUGUUGUCCAGACUUUUGAUCCUGACACUAUUACCUUCGAGCAGUGGAACGAACAGCAAUGGAAUCAGCUGACCCAUGUAUUCCAGAACUACGGACCAGGAGUUAGAUACGUCCGUUUCACCCACGGAGGCAAGGACACACAGUUCUGGGCAGGAUGGUAUGGGAUUCGUGUCACCAACAGCAGCGUCGAGAUAUGUCCAGCAGUGGACACGUAGCUCUUACGGAUUCCUCCGAUGCCUUUGCCUAUAAUUGCACCUUCUUUUUGGAAUCAAACUAAGUUUUGUUUUCCUUUUUAUAACCACAUUUUACCCGUUGAAUGAAUGUUUCUUUGAGUAAAAUGAUAUGUGUAUCUAGAUGUGGUUUGCUUCGAAAUGUAAUUUUCAAAAACAGCCACAAUGCAAUGCUGUACCUUAAGAAGAAAUAUGAACUUCACAUAGAUAUAUUUGAAAGUGCUAUUCUAAAUUAUGCAGAUUUGUGUUCGGAACAUAAUCACCCCAAGAGACAAUUAAACAUGUAUAUUAUCAUUAUCUGUUCAUGGUCUCUGGUUGAGCAUUUAAAAAAUGAGGUUCAUUUGAAAUUACCCACUUUCCCAGAAAAGCCUUGAGGUCACAUGUUUCAGUAGAGUGUCAUUAUGAAAACACACUGAUUGAAAACAGUCAUGUCACACCUAGUUUAAGUUUCAACAUUAUAACUUAAAAGUCCAAAUUAUAUUGUUUAUCAUUUAAGGUUUUUUUUAUGCCAACUGGAUAUAUAAUCUGUCAGGAUCAACUGCCACCCAGACUGUACGGAGGCUGCCUGCAGAACGACAGAUGAUCUGGUUCUGAUGUUUGUUUGCUUCUCAGUUGUAUUGAAAGGUGGUGUGAUUAAACACGUGAAGGGAUAUGAAUACAUCAGUGGGUGCAGAAUGACUGCUACAUAAGAACAACUCUCAACAGUUAAUCUCUCAGCUCACGAGGGAUCUUUUAUAUAAACGCUGUAAUAACCCUGCCGUAACAAUAACUGAUAACAUUAUAUGCACUACUUUGUAAGUUGAAAUGCUGAACAUGUAUAAUGAAGCCUUGUGGAAAAUGUAUAGAAGUGCGUAACCUUUUAUGAUGUAACCAUGAAAUUGGACAACACGUAAUAUUUGAAGUUAGGUUUAUUCAUAAUACUGGUUUAUUGUGAUGCUUUACAAGCAAGAUACAACUUUGAUGUCAACUUGAUUAAAAACCAAAGGGUCAAAGCAA